GUAAAAUAGCUACACCCAUGUGUCACACGCGAAUUAGAAGGUAUGACCGCUAUGGGAGGAUUUAUUUUACGGCACAAAUCGUGAUGUUAAUAAUGUUUUGAAGAGGAACAUUUGAUGGUUUUGAUAAGGUCAUGGCUCGGGUUGUGAAAGUGUUUGUGACUCUGCGGAAUCAUUGGAAGAAGUCCACUGUUGCUGCACUUGCGCUUUCAUACGGUGGCAACUGGCUGUAUGGUAAACACUGUGAUAAUCUGCUGCGAAGAGAAGCUUGUCUGGCGGCAAGGCAAUUUGGACGUCAGCAGAUAGCACCCCAGGAGCAACCGAAGAAAGCCACUGUCAUUUUAAAUCCAGCAGCUUGCAGUGGGAAAGCCAACAACUUAUUUGAGAAGAAUGCUGCCCCUAUAUUACACCUUGCUGGUGUCGAGGUGACACUAGUAAAGACAGAUUACGAAGGCCAGGCAAAGAAGUUGAUGGAGCUGAUGGAGCAAACAGACAUGCUGAUUGUGGCUGGAGGAGAUGGCACUCUGCAGGAGGUCAUCACUGGCAUGCUGCGCAGGGCUGAUCAGGAUUCAUUUAGUAAAACCCCCAUAGGAUUCAUCCCACUGGGGUCCCACAAUUCCCUGAGUGAGAGCCUACACAUCCUUAGUGACAAUCAGGUGAAACACAUCACCUCAGCAACUCUGUCUAUUCUUCAAGGAGAAACGGUACCUCUCGAUGUACUGCAGAUCCAGGGAGAAAAAGAGCAGCCAGUGUUUGCCCUGAUGGGUCUGCAGUGGGGGGCCUUCAGAGAUGUGACUACCACCAUCAAAAAGUAUUGGUACCUUGGCCCAUUGAAGACAAAAGCUGCUCAUUGGUUCAGCACGUUACGGGAGUGGCCCCAGGUUCGCAAGGCCUCUGUGUCCUGCCUGGCACCCACUCCUCGCCCCCCUGAUACGCCUGAACAGAAGACUCAGCGUCCCAACCUGUUGUACCGCAUCGUCCACAGACUGAAGAAUUACUGGUAUCCACCAGUUCCAGAGCCUCCCAAAGUGGAGGAGCCAGAGAAGUGGGAAGAGAGGAUGCUGUCUACUUUGGAGCUGUCCAUCCACACCCAGAACAAAAACCCUGUCCAGAAACGAAUCAACGACUCCCUUGUUGUCUGUGCGGAGCCAGACUCCUUCACUGUGGGAGAAUUCAUUACUGCUGGAGAGAAGAAAGUUCAGGAUUCCACCGCAUUCUCAAACAAAUCUCUGAAGCUUGAGGCGAGUGCAUGUCGACUCAGUCUUCCCGAGGAAGGUGCCGGCUUCUACAACAUCGAUAAUGAGGAGUAUGAGGCGGUGCCAGUGGAGGUGAGGCUGUUGCCACGGAAACUGCGCUUCUUCUGCAGUGCGGAACGCAAACAGCAGCUCCUGACACAGGUUCUGUGAGGGACACCGCAGUGGCACCACGAAGGAGGCUGAGGCGCUGAGAGGCCAGCACCUAUACAAUAUAGCUUCGGUUUACAUUGGGAGUAUGUCUGUCUGACAUGACAAUGAGCAGUCGUAAACACAGAGCUGGACCAAUGUAAAACUGUCCACAGUGAAGUCUUGUUGAUACAGUACAUUAAAAUGGGGAUGUUUGCACAAUUAUGGCAGGUGACAGGACCGUGUAUUCUGUGGCUGUUUCCAUGACAAUUAGCUUGUAUCAGCAGGUUUGUUGUUGAUAACUGACUGGUUUACUGCUGAAUAUUCUCAAAAUUGUCUCUUUGUUAAGCUAAACUUAAGAAUCUUAUAAAAUCAUAGUGUGGUCUGUCACAUUUUAAUAACAAUUAGAAUGUACAGUAUCCCAUCGUGCGUGUAUAUAUAGUCACCUCAAGUUUUUGGAGCUCUUGAUAAAGGUGAAGCAAAAAAGGCUUUGUGUUGCCAAACUUGAUCUUGUCAACAACUUGAUCUUACUGCAAGUCAAUGCCUGAAGCAAAGAUCGAAAUCCACAAAUAAAGAAUUGACCACCAAAUCAACAUUGUGCAAUUGCUGUCUCAGUCUGGGCUAAAAUUCUUUGAAGAUGGCAGCCCAUAAUCAGAGACUGUAGAAUCUCAGGGGUCUGGAGAGAUUCUGGAGGACUGGUCUAAGUUCCACUCAAUGUGUACUUUGUCAUUAUAAAACAUAUAGGAAAUGGUUCAGUGUCAUUAUCAUUGCAAGGGGAAGGUGCCCAAGGUAUUGAAAACAAUGGUUGUGUUUAGACUUGAUCCCCAUUAAUAAAGUACAAUAUAUUCCACAUGUGGGACAAUUAUAUCUGA